AUGCUAUUCAAAAAGGAAAAACAAAGCAGUACUCAAGAAGAGGUUAAAGGGUUAAAAAGGGAAAAAACGCUACGUGCUUUACCUUCUGUUGAUGAUAGUAAAUCUGCCACGCGAUUUGUACGUGUGUUGCGCACCAUUUGCNUGUCGCCUCUAUCUAAGGGUCUCUUUCAACAAGCCAUUGCAGAGAGUGGUGUGGAUUUGAGCCCCUUUGCAAUUCAGCCGGUUUCCUUUGGACUCCGUUUUGCUAAAGAGCUUGCUCAAAACUUGGAUUGUACUACAAGCGACCACAGCGCAAUGGUUGCCUGUAUACGCAGUAAGAAAGGCGAGGAAAUACAGAAUGCUUCCAACUCGAUAACUUAUCAGUUCUAUGAAUAUUUGCGCUGGGCGCCAGUGGUAGACAAGAAUUUUCUUCUCGAUACGCCUCAGAAUUUACGAAAUAAAGGAGAUUUUAAGAAAGUGAAGUUGAUGAUCAGUUUUAACAGUCAGGAGGGAGGGACAACUCUUGGAUUCAUGGCGAACUCGUCUUUUGGGAUGGCGGAAAGUGUGGACGAUGGAGUGAGUCCGUCAUUUUUUAAAGGAUUUAUAACAAAGCUUGCCCACGGUCGCAACAGCAGAGAAGACAACGCCGACCUAAUCGCGGAGGCGUUGCAGUUUAUGUACACACCAUGGCCUGACAAAAACGACAAAUACGCACUGAGAAGCCAACUUGUGGACCUCAUCGGUGAUUACAUUUACUUUGCACCAAGUCACGAGGUUGCUGAUAUUCACAGCAAAGUCGCUCCUGUGUACAUGUACGAGUUCGCACAUCGCAGAACGAUAGGAAAUAAGAACAAGGAGUGGAUGGGUGUGGUCCAUGCUGAUAACGUGCCCUACGACUUUGGACACCCUUUCUACCCUGGUCUUUCGUCAGAUUUUGACGCAGGCGACAGAAAUGUCAGCCUGUUUAUCAUACGAAUGUACUCAAACUUCGCCAAGAACGGCGAUCCAACACCACAACCAGUCAGCGGUGUUACGUGGGAGAGGUACAACAGCAGUCACAGAGCUUACUUGCGAGUUGAUGUUCAUCCCAAGAUGGCGGCGGAGUUUGCUCCUCGCCGAAUGGCUUUCUGGAAUGAUUACUAUCCUAAACUGGCGCAAGUAAAGUUUGAUACCAAAGUGUCCAGCGGUGCUAGCCAUAAAAUUACCAUGACAAUGUUUCUCAAGGUUGCUUUCGUCUUUAUGUUUACUCUGUUCCAGUGAGGGAAGUUUCAAUGUGUUUUUGAAAAGCCAAAGAGGGAUGGAAUAAUAACUUUACCAUGUUUAAUUUAUCCCGAGUUACUUUUGAUUACCCUAUAACUGUUGCUGUGUUCGCAGGUCAAGAUAUAAGUAGUUUUUCUAGUAAAUGAUAUAUACUACCAAUAAUCCAAAAAUUUUUAUUAUUAUACAUUGAACUCACUAUCUCUUUUCUGAUUGGCCG